UUGGCGCGCUUCGCGCAGCCGCUGGUGUCCGCUUCAGUGUUACUUGAUAGGCAACAACCGGCCAACGGAGCGCGCGAGCUCCGGCAACCAAUGUUAGCAUUAAGUGGAGCGCGCCGCUUAAAAGUGGCAAGAUCGGCGCCCGUGAUCGAAGAUGAUAGCGGCAGCAAGGUGCUGAGUCGUGGAAGUAUGCGCCGGUGGCGCAGGUGGGAGCCAAGAAUGAGGGAGCACUACACGCGUCGCGUGUACGAGAACAAAAGUCCGCUGGAGCCCCUUGAGCCUACACUCUUCGACGACAGCACUACUGCGAAACUAGACAGCAACGCGGGCACCGCUCAGCUUCUGUUGCUGCUGCUGCUGCUGCUGCAUCUGUAUACGUGUUCGUGCUGCAGUGUGUAUGGCGCUGCGGCGGAUACGGAGUCUCCUCGGAAUUCCGGGUUGUGUUGCCGAGGGAUGCUGCAGCGGUUGGCGCGGGUGAUGGUUACUUGUGAGCUCGCCAAACUGCCGGUCGUCCCAGGGGAAGAACGCUACCGGCGGCAACGCCGAAAAAGGAGCGGCCGGGGCCGGCAGCAGAGAUCUCAAAACGAGAGGAGUCGCAGAGGCGAAAACCUGAGCCCAUAG